AGUAUUAUGUUGAGUUACACCCUAAUGCUCUUGAAUUAUGGCACUCAUACUGACAAAAACGACGGAAUGCAUCAUUUAUUUAUUGUUGCAAUCACUGUGUUACUGUCAGCGUGUGUGAGUGUGCGCCGCACAUGCUCAGACUAGGAGUCCCCCCUCCGCUCGUAGGCCCCUCCCAGACACGCGUGAGAGUGAUCCGGAGCUCGGAGAAGAGCCUCAGUUGCACGGGACCGCAAGAACGUCGCUGGAUCCCGGGAGGACCGGAGAGAGAGAGAAGCCACCGUGGGACUGGAGUUGUGCUCAGGCUGAAAGAUGUUCUCCUCUGUGAAGGCCUUUGAGGGGCAGCAUUACCUCACCCUCAAGAGGCAGUGUCUGCAGAGUGGACGUCUGUUUGAGGACCCACUGUUCCCGGCCGUGGAUGACUCCCUCUUCUACCAGGGUAACAGGAUCGGCCGUGUGCACUGGAAAAGACCCGGGGAGCUGUGCGAUGAUCCUCACUUGUUUGUUGAUGGGAUCAGUGCCCAUGACCUGCACCAAGGGCAGCUGGGAAACUGCUGGUUUGUGGCGGCCUGCUCCAGCCUGGCUUCCCGAGAGUCACUGUGGCAGAAAGUUAUCCCAGACUGGAAGGAGCAGGAAUGGGAUCUGGAGAAGGCAGAUGCUUAUGCAGGAAUAUUCCACUUCCGCUUCUGGCGGUUUGGGGAAUGGGUGGACGUGGUGAUCGAUGACCGUCUCCCCACAGUGGAUAACCAGCUGGUGUACUGCCAUUCAAAUGAUAGCAACGAGUUCUGGAGUGCCCUUGUGGAAAAAGCCUAUGCCAAAGUUUAUGGCUGCUAUGAGGCCCUGGAUGGUGGAAACACGGCCGAUGCCCUGGUGGACUUUACUGGCGGCGUGUCAGAACCCAUGGACCUUCUUGAGGGCCAGUUUGCUCAGGAUGAAGUCGCCAGAAACCAACUCUUUGAGAGAGUGCUCAAGGUCCAUAAUCGAGAUGGCCUUAUCAGCUGCUCUAUCAGGGCAACCAGAAUAGAGGACAUGGAGGCAAGACUGGAAUGUGGGUUAGUGAAAGGCCAUGCCUAUGCGGUGACCGACGUUCGCAAGGUCCGUCUGGGACAUGGCCUUCUGGCGUAUUUCAAGUCAGAAAAGCUACACAUGAUUCGCAUGAGGAACCCCUGGGGUGAAAAGGAGUGGAGUGGACCGUGGAGCGAUAGCUCAGAAGAGUGGAAGAAAGUGAGCAAGAGUGAGAGAGAGAAACUGGGCGUCACUGUUCAGGAUGAUGGAGAGUUUUGGAUGAACUUUGAGGAUUUCUGUCACUACUUCACUGACCUGAUCCUGUGUCGACUGAUAAACACAUCUUACUUGAGCAUUCAUAAGACCUGGGAGGAGGAGGUGAUGAGGGGCUCCUGGAACCACAGAGAUGACCCGCUCCGCAACCGCGCUGGAGGCUGCAUUAACCAUAAAGCCACGUUUCUGCAAAACCCACAGUAUGUUUUUGAUGUGAGAAAAGUGGAAGACGAGGUGCUGAUCUGCCUGCAGCAAAAGGAACGCAGAGCUACUCCAAAGGAGGGCAAAGGCGAGAACCUGGCCAUUGGAUUUGACAUCCAUAGGGUGGAGUUGAAUAGGAAAUACAGAAUGCACUCGGCUCAGCAGAAGGUCGCAGGAUCAAUCUACAUCAACUCUCGCUGCGUCUUUCUGAGGAAAGAGCUAAAGGAGGGACGUUACGUCAUCAUCCCCACAACCUUUGACCCAGGUCAACAAGGAGAGUUCCUGCUCAGAGUCUUCACUGAUGUGCCUUCAGACUGCAAAGAAUUAACUCUGGACGAGCCUCCCCAGACAUGCUGGACUGGGAUGUGCGGUUACCCUCAGCUGGUCACCCAGGUGCAUGUGUUAAGUGCCGAAGGCCUGCAGGGCCAAGAUGCCAAUGGAGCCUCUGACCCAUAUGUGAUCAUCACCUGUGAGGGGGAGAAGGUUCGCUCCCCUGUGCACAAAGACACACGCUGCCCCAGUUUUGACAUUAAAGGAAUAUUCUACCGCAAAAAGCCAAAGGAAGGCAUUCACAUCGAGAUGCACAGUGACAUGGAGGUCCACCUGAUUACAGAGACCUUGACCUGAUCAGCUCUCAUUUAGCUGAAAGAUUUCAGUGACCGGUGGGCCGCAGCGGGCACCUCUUUGGAUUCUCCAGGUCAUGUCGCUUAGCAACAGGAGUCUGGAAUAGAGCCUACUGGAGCGUGAAGACUCCAGUGGACCCACAGUACCAAAAGCCCACCCGGACUCUCUGCCAUGCCAUUCUUUGCCUGAAUACAUGGAUAGGCAUUAUAAAAAUGCCAGGAAGUUUGAUAAGCAUUUUACCUUUUUGUGUGUGUGUGUCUGUGUGUGUGUAUGUUUGGGUGACCAGAUAGUACUGAUUCGAUGAGUCCUAUACAUCUCAACAAAGUUAUAUUUAGGAUGACAUUUUUUCCUAAUAAUUAAUAUUAGCUUUAGUUUGACAGCUUUUUCUAUCAUUAGAAACCAGUUUCUAAUGUAUAGCUUUUCAUAUCAGGAGAUAUAACCAUAAGUCAGGUUAUGUGGCCCUUUGACCAGUGUUAUUGUAGUAUUAUUUUUAUACUAUUUAGUUUUUUUUUUAAUAUUUUCAAAUAGCCUUUAGCCUCGGUUUCAUUUUAAUUUCAGUUUAAGUCAUUUUAUUAUUUACUUUUUUUUUUUAAUUUAAUUUAAGUUCUUAAUUUUUUUCAGUGCUUCAAUUUUAACGUUUUAUUUCAGUUACAAAGGCAACAUUUCUUGUUUUCUCUCAAAUUCUUUAGUUUUUCAUUUAAUAUUUUAACAUUUUAUUUUAUUUCAGCUUUCAAACCCAAAAAGAUAUUUAAAAGUUUUAACAAGUACAAUUACAACACUGCUUCGACCCAAUAAUAGAAGUUGCUGCAUUGUCCUCACAAUAUCGAGAAGUUAAGUGCUAACAUGCACAUUCAUAAUUGUGCAAAUGACAAAAAUGUUAUGAAAAAUUAGAAGUACAUACUAGUAUUUUAUUGGCUGCCAUUUUUACAAGUCAUCUUAAAACAUUAAAUAGAGAAAUCUUAAGCUAAAAAUGAGAGUUAACGUUUAGGUUCGACUCAUUGUAGUGUGACCGAAAGAUCAAAAAUAUAUCCAAGCUUUUUAUAUUACAGUGUUUAUUAAAUUUACAUUUGUUUUUAAACCCUUUUGAGUUAAAACAAGUAUCAAAUCAGGCCAAAAUGUGCUAAUACUGUAUUCACAAGCAUGUAUCCCAAUUUUGUUGUUAUAUUUGUCUGGUCACCCUAGUGUGUAUGAGUGUGUGUGAUCCACUAGCCCUCAAAGUAACCUAAGGACCAUUAAAAGGUUAUGCAUGUUUAAAUAAAAGGGAAAACUCUAUUAGUGCUAGCGGUGCUCAAAGGAUGAAGAGCAGGCCUUUGGACCCACAAAUAUCUCUGGGUUUACCUCACUCUUGCUCUGAGGAUUGCGAGACUGUAAAACAAGGAUUUGUCUGUGUCUUAAUGACUUUCUAGUCAGACUCCUGCCAAACAGCAUGUGCCAUUGUUUGAGAUACGCAACAACUGCUGCACGAUUGCAUCAACAGAUAUUCUGUACUUAAGAGAAGAUCCCUCGUUUUUUUCUCUCAACUUCUCUUGACGAUGAAGAACUACACUUUAACUCCAGACACAUGGUGACUAUCUUCACCAGCUUUGUGUCCUUUCCAAUGGCUAGUUGUGCUGUUCCACCAGAGACUGCUACAGAACUCUUUGUGCACUACAAUGUCUUUGUUUAUGCUUUCAGUCACUAUAAGUGAGUUUUGGAAAACAGAAACAAGUCCACAUCCGUCAUUUAUCAUGGUUGGAUAUGUUUUAGCAUCCACUCAUGUGUUUUUUUUAUUUGAAUGACUGCUACACUACUAUGAUUUCUGCACUGUGUUGUGCUGAAUAUUUGAGGAUUUAUUCCUUCAUAACACAUUUUUGCUCAUUUCAUUCCAUAUUAAUUUAUUUUUCUAUUGCCUCUGAACUAUUAUUUUUGUUACCUUGUGUAAAGUUUCUUUAAUAAUCUGUCUGAAACAAAUGUGAAGGCCAAAUGGUACAAGAGUUACCAUGAGCCUGUUUGGCAUUUUUAAUAUUUUGUCAAAAAUGUAGCAUAAGAAUCUCAAACAUUAGGUUAUAAUAACUAAUGUUUCUAAAGUUUGUAAUGUUUCUAAAGUUGAGCCACUGAUCCAAAUGAGUAUUGACACUCAAACCUAGUUGAGCAAGAAAAGAUAGUGAAGUAGGAAGAAGAGCAACAUAAAGAGACCACACAGUGUUAUAUACCAGGUUUGAACAAAUGUUGUGCCAAUCAGAGUAACUAUGUUGGAUGACAAGACCGCACUCAAACCCUAUGGAUUAGCCUUUGGCAAAAUGUGGUACCAUGGAGACAGACUGAUUUUAUUCAGGGAUGAAUGAAGCUUUUUCUUUAGCUCCAUUACAUUUCAGUUUUUAUACAACCAGAUUGAAUUGGAAAUCCACAACAAUAGCCCAGUCAUUCUUUUACAUCAUUUGUACCUCCACAGGCCAGAUUAUGACGGGUAAACAGGGGAUUUAGCGAAGAAAAUUUCUUGUCUGUGAAUAGAUUUUACUUAUCUCCAUUUUGACCUUUAUGACUGACUGAUUUAGAUAAUAGAAAGUAAUUUUCACUGAGAAGAGAGGUGUUAUACUGAUAGUAACAGAGAGUUCAAAUUAAGUAUAAGGCAGCAAUUUUGCUCAAAUGUGUAUUUUUGUUCCAUAUAUUUAUUUCUCUGAAGUCUAAGACUGUGGCGCUAUCAAAACAUUGCUCUGUUUGUUUGAGCAAUCAGACCAGCAACAUUGGCUUAACCAAUGGCGUGAGUGUGGGGUGGGGCUAUCUGUUUAUCUGACCAAUAGCAGACGAGGGGCUUGCCUUGUACUGGAAUUUGUGCAGUUCUGUUAGGUAAUGUGUGCAGAAAUUACACACCUUAUACCUUUUAAUCUGACUAAACAAACUAAUAAAUAGCCUUAAGUCUCUUUAGCGGUUAAAGACAACAAAGCUUUCAUUCUUUGUUUCUCUUUGUUUCAUCCAAAGCUUCAAUUUAUAGUUUUUUGUUGUUGUUGUUUUUUUUGAAUGAGAAUGCUGUGAAAGAAGCCAAUGUGCCAGUACAGUUGGAGCCAUAUGCAUUUCCUGUGAUUUUUUUUUUUUUUUUUUUUCUGUCUAUUUUGCCAAAUAACAUUAAGUGGCCAAUGGCAUAUAAUAAGAACUGUUGAAGUUCAAAUGCCUUUUAAUGUCAAACAUGUUCUGGUGUACAUUUUUUUUAUUAUUAUUAUUAUUAUCUAAUGUAUUCUGAUUGUUCACAUUUUAUUUAAUUAUUACUGACACAAGUUUAAUUUUCUUCCAGCUUGGCCAUAUGACAGAACAACAGCGUUUAAAUGGUUAGAAGGUCCUGGUUCACUCAGAUUGUUGUGCAUGCUUCAGAUCAAAUAGAGGAACCUUUGCCAUGUCGUGUCAAGUUGAUCUUGAUGCUGUUUCCAUGUGCAAGUGUAAUUUUACAUUGCAUGUGGGUUUGUGUUUGUUUACAAACAGGAUUUAUACACAGUAUGAAUUUAUACAGUAACUUAUACACUGUUUGCGCAGCUAAUGCAACGUAUGUAUGAAGGAAACAUAAACAUAUUUGCAGAGAUUGCCCAGUUUCAUUCUACUGCAUAAUUUAUUCACAAUUUUAACAUGUAUUAUGUCUGUAGAGACUUUUAACUGCUUGUAGUCACGAGGCAAGUUCAGGUCCUCUGAAUCACUGGCAUUUUUUUCACGUGAAUGACGUUCCCGAGCGUCUCUGCUGGCCGUUAUUUGCUCUCUGUGAUUUUACUGGCUCUUUGGCCUUGACUGCUGCAUGUACUUUGGCUGAGUGAACCUCUUUUCUUCAACACACGCCGUCACCAGUGCUAUCAUGCCAUGUUGGACUUUCUCUAGGCAUCUUGAUAGAGUACAGCCUUAAUAACCAGUGAAUGCUUGUGGAGCGAGUGAAUCCUAUCGCUCUUUGUCAUUUUUUGACAUGGGUCAGACGUCCAGAGAAUGAGCUUGUGAUACUCUUGUAUUUUUUCUGCUGAUGUUGAACUUGAAACUGACGUAUGUAUACAUAAACAGAAAUAUAGAAAAUAUCUUGCAUGGUAUCAUUCUAUGAAACAUAGCUGAUAUUAUCUUUAUAACAAGUAUCUUUUAUCAGCAUUUUAUACUCCUUUGUUUACUGUUUUAUAUCUAGCCAUUGAAUCUUGUGUUCAAAAAAACAAACAAACAGACAGACACAGACAUAUAUACUAUAUCUUUACUGAUUGUAGGUUUUCUGUAUCUUAUCUCUGUUUAAAUGUUUAUUUUGCGUUUAAGUCUCUCCUGGGUUACACUGUGGUUAUUUGAUAUACUGAUUUUAAGUACUUUUUUUUUUUUCUUUUGUAUUUUGUCAACU